AUGGUUGAUGUAAACGACAAGUUAGCGUAUUUUCAAGCGAUCACAGGCCUCGAAGACCCCGAUUUGUGCGUGGAGAUCCUCACCGCCCAUGGCUGGGACCUCGAGCUCGCGAUCUCCGCCUUCACCACCACCACGAACCACACACCUUCGCCGGAGAAUCCCGCCUCCGGCACCACCUCAACAGUCCCCGACGGCAGUGGCGGUGGUGGCCUAUACUCCGUUUCUCAACGCGGAGAACCGUCGCAUCCAUCUGGACCGUCAUCAAAUGCCGUCGCACCACCCGGUUUGGCUUGGAAAAUAAUCACUCUGCCGAUUUCGGUAAUUUCUGGUAGUUUAGGGUUGAUUUCCGGCGCAAUUGGUCUUGGACUGUGGGCCGCGGGCGGAGUUCUCUCCUACUCUCUCGGAAUGAUUGGAAUCGGGUCGGGUCGGGACGGUGAGUCGUCGGCCCGAUUGGUGUCGGUGUCGGCGGUGGGGAAUGAAGCGAUGCAGUUCGUGGCGAGUUUCGAGAGGGAUUACGGGACGAGGAGGCCGAAUUUCGUAAGCGAAGGGUUUAUGGACGCGUUGCAGAGGUCGAGGAACUCGUUCAAGCUGAUGUUCGUGUACUUGCACUCGCCGGACCAUCCUGAUACGCCCUUGUUUUGUGAGAGGACUCUGUGCUCCGAGACCUUGGUGGCGUUUAUCAACGAGAAUUUCGUGUCGUGGGGAGGGAGCAUUCGGGUCAGUGAGGGCUUCAAGAUGAGUAAUAGCUUGAAGGCCUCAAGAUACCCCUUUUGUGCCGUCGUUAUGGCCUCCACGAACCAGAGGAUCGUGCUGCUUCAACAGGUUGAGGGGCCAAAGUCUCCUGAAGAAAUGCUCGCAAUAUUGAACAGAGUGGUUGAAGAAAGUGCUCCUGUUCUUGUUGCAGCAAGGCUUGAUGCAGAAGAAAGGAGAAACAACAUUCGUUUAAGGGAGGAGCAAGAUGCUGCUUAUAGAGCAGCACUUGAAGCUGAUCAAGCAAGGGAAAACCAGAGGAGGGAAGAGCAAGAACGUCUGGAAAGAGAGGCAGCUGAAGCUGAGAGGAAGCGCUUGGAAGAAGAAGAGGCUCGUGAAAGAGCAGCACGUGAAGCUGCGGAGAAAGAGGCUGCACUAGCUAGGAUGCGGCAGGAGAAAGCCUUGUCGCUUGGUGUCGAACCUGAAAAAGGACCUAAUGUUACACAAGUUGUGGUGAGGUUCCCAACCGGAGAACGGAAGGAAAGGAGGUUCGACAGUAGUGCAAAAAUCCAAACUCUCUAUGAUUAUGUUGAUUCUUUGGGUUGCUUAGAUGUGGAGAAUUACAGUCUGGUUUCUAACUUCCCUCGAGUGGUAUAUGGACCGGAGAAGCUGUUGUUAUCCUUGAAAGAAGCCGGGUUGCAUCCUCAGGCCAGCCUUUUUCUGGAGCUGAAUUCUUAG